AUGACAUCAGGCGAUGAAGUCAGUACGCCAAUGUCCCAUCCCGUUAAAAUAACAUCAAGUGAUGUAGUCAGCACGCCAGUGUCCCAUCCCGUUAAAAUGACAUCAGGCGAUGAAGUCAGUACGCCAAUGUCCCAUCCCGUUAAAAUAACAUCAAGUGAUGUAGUCAGCACGCCAGUGUCCCAUCCCGUUAAAAUGACAUCAAGUGAUGUAGUCAGCACGCCAGUGUCCCAUCCCGUUAAAAUAACAUCAAGUGAUGUAGUCAGCACGCCAGUGUCCCAUCCCGUUAAAAUAACAUCAAGUGAUGUAGUCAGCACGCCAGUGUCCCAUCCCGUUAAAAUAACAUCAAGUGAUGUAGUCAGCACGCCAGUGUCCCAUCCCGUUAAAAUAACAUCAAGUGAUGUAGUCAGCACGCCAGUGUCCCAUCCCGUUAAAAUAACAUCAAGUGAUGUAGUCAGCACGCCAGUGUCCCAUCCCGUUAAAAUAACAUCAAGUGAUGUAGUCAGCACGCCAUUGUCCCAUCCCGUUAAAAUAACAUCAAGUGAUGUAGUCAGCACGCCAGUGUCCCAUCCCGUUAAAAUAACAUCAAGUGAUGUAGUCAGCACGCCAGUGUCCCAUCCCGUUAAAAUAACAUCAAGUGAUGUAGUCAGCACGCCAGUGUCCCAUCCCGUUAAAAUGACGUCAAGUGAUGUAGUCAGCACGCCAGUGUCCCAUCCCGUUAAAAUGACAUCAAGUGAUGUAGUCAGCACGCCAGUGUCCCAUCCCGUUAAAAUAACAUCAAGUGAUGUAGUCAGCACGCCAGUGUCCCAUCCCGUUAAAAUGACGUCAAGUGAUGUAGUCAGCACGCCAGUGUCCCAUCCCGUUAAAAUGACAUCAAGUGAUGUAGUCAGCACGCCAGUGUCCCAUCCCGUUAAAAUAACAUCAAGUGAUGUAGUCAGCACGCCAGUGUCCCAUCCCGUUAAAAUGACGUCAAGUGAUGUAGUCAGCACGCCAGUGUCCCAUCCCGUUAAAAUGACAUCAAGUGAUGUAGUCAGCACGCCAGUGUCCCAUCCCGUUAAAAUAACAUCAAGUGAUGUAGUCAGCACGCCAGUGUCCCAUCCCGUUAAAAUAACAUCAAGUGAUGAAGUCAGCACGCCAGUGUCCCAUCCCGUUAAAAUAACAUCAAGUGAUGAAGUCAGCACGCCAGUGUCCCAUCCCGUUAAAAUAACAUCAAGUGAUGAAGUCAGCACACCAACGUCCUCUUAA